GAACUUGUCAGUAGGUGGUACACCUUGAUGUCGUCACGGCAUCCAGUUGUUGCUUUGAGCAAUUUCGAUCUUUCCAAACACAAGGAAGCAACUGAACUCCUUGGACUAGCUUGUGCCACCUUCUGUGGACUAAAUAUGGGACUUACUGCACACUGGAAGCCGUCACAAGCUGGCCUUUUGGUGUCAACUACUGUUGUCCUGCGUCUUUCUCAUGAGCUUCUGAACAAGCUCAAUUACAAGUACUUGCUAACUGGUAGAUUGUCACAGGAUUGUCUCGAAAACAUCUUUUCUGUAUUGAGGCUCAGAAAACCUGUGCCGAGCGCAUAUGAUGUCAAGUGUGCCUUAAAGCUUAUCUGCGUUGGCCAGUUUGUAAACACACCGACAUCAUCUAGCUAUGGUGUUGAUGACAGCACGCACCUGGCUGACCUUCUUGACCCCAGUUUCAAACAGGAUCAAGUGGAAGGUCAGGAGCCCGAGGAGCUUGAGAACUUGUUUGUUUAUGCACUUACCACAGAAGAGUGCGAUAUCCUUGCAUACUUGGGAGGCUUUUUGCUGAAGUCAGUCAUCGGUUUUCUUGGAGAGUGCAAAGACUGUGAAAGAGCCCUGGUUGGCGAUGCAACAGGCCAGUACAAUGCUCUUAUACAGCUGAAAGAGUAUGUCAAGAAUAGCGGAAAGCUCAUCCAGCCAAGCCAAACAGUGAUGCAAGUUUUAAUCGAAUGUGAGGAAAACUUUAAGACUUUCGCAAACAUGAAUGAGAUCCUGACUCUCAAAGCUCCAUUUACAGGUAUCCUGAGUGUUUUGCGGAAGUCUGUGGCUAUGAGAUUAGGGUGUUGUGAUGCGCAUGAAUCAAGGGCAUGCAAAAUGCUCCUUGAGAAGUAUGUGAGGACAAGACUUAAGAUUCAUCUCCGACAGCAGCAUGCGCAGAGGGUGAACGGACAGUCCAGCAAAACCUGUGCCGCUGCUAAUCUUAUCUGAGCCGUGUGUGGCGUCUCAGUGGUUAAUUUAAUGCUGCUGUGGUUGUGUGAUGUGUUUG